AUCAUAAGCCCGUCAUAUUUCCUCCGCAUUGCAGGUCCAUCCAGGUCCUAGGAUUCUGUGUGAAAUACUUCCGAAUCCAUCCCCAUUCAGUCUCUUCCUUAUCGUCUAUCUUCAGCCUCGUGGCCUACUAAUCUCUAUACCUGCAUGCAUCUAUCACUUCUUUAUCCAUCCAUCCCAAAUAAUCGAUAAUACUUCACUUCCGAUCCGAUGAAACACCCCCAAACAACCCCCAAAACAAUUAAUGUCCCGUACGGUAAGUACCAAUACAAAGCAAGGCAAGCAAGCACACGACACAACCUGCCUCUUUUUGCCUCCCCUUCCACUCUGCCGACCCAUUCAUCCACUCACCCACCCACCAGCCGACCCGACAAAAUGAAACAAGUGGAAUCCGCCCGACGGGAGAAACACGCUCCACUCGAAGCCGAGUAAGCAAGUAAGCAAGCAAGCAAGCAUAGUCGUUCCAGUUCGUAGCAGCAGCAGCAGGAGAUUCUUAGUUCCCACAAUUAUAACCAAACCAACCCUUUUUCGAUUUUCUCUCAUUGGGUGAUGAGGUCUCCAUCCACUCACGUUUUCUUAUUAGGAACUGGACUGGAACUUGGAACUCCACGUGGCUUGUGAGAGAUUUGAUUAGUCGGUGUUGUUAUUGUGUGGUUUGUUUGGUUAUGGGCACGGCGUGUUGCUGCUACUGACAGCACCCAGAUCUAUCUAAUCACCUACUUUGUAGUACUGCUAUCCAGAUGCAUACUAAGUGAGCUAUACAGAUACAUACAGUAGGUAAGACAGACCUAAAGAAGUAUACCAAUAGGAACCCACGGAAGUAGUAACCAGCUACUAGCAGAACAUAACAGUCAAACAAACAAAAGAAAAAAAGCAAAAACACACACACUUAGUACAGAGUAGGUAACUUCCACGGCCUUCUCCCUGCAAGUAAUCCUCAUUAAAGAAAGAGGGCCAGCCACACUUCUCGACUGGUGUCAACUAAGUAUUCU